GUAGUCAGGUUCCACGCCCCACGGUCGAAGGUCCAGCGCGCAGUUAUCUUUUUGCAGCCGUUGGCGUGCUGGGCACCACCGCGUCUGAAGGAGUGCGACGUGAGGGCAGCUCCAACACAAACGGCGGGUGCGACGCGGUCAAGGACACGGUUGACGUGCGCGUAG